UUUACACAGUAUUCGCCACAUUGUAUUGCAUUACCCUGCUUGACAUAGCUGAACAUGUUCUCAUCUUUAACAUGGCCCAGGUUGCUUUUGACUUUGGUAUCAAGCACACGAAAUAUGCGUACUCACUUACUUCCAUCAGAAGAAACAUGUUUGAAAGUCGUUUUAAAGACGUGCUCGAUGAUGGUAGGAAUUUUGUUUCAACGAAAACAUUCUCAAGCAUUCUAAUCGAUGACAAAGGGCAGUUUCAUUCAUUCGGAUUAAAAGCAGAAUAUCAUUUUGCUUCAUUAGAACGAGAAAAUGAGCUCAACGGCUUUAAACUUUUUAGACGAUUUCCGAAUACCUUGCAGAUUAUGAAGCAUAUAUCCCGGAAGUCAACAAUCAAAGACGUCAGCGGAAAGGAUCAUGAAGCCUUGCCAAUAUUUGUUAUGGCAAUACAAGCCUUGAAAAAAUACCUCAUGGACGAUAUUCAAGAUCGAACAACUAACAGUCGCGAACAUGAUAUCCGGUACGUCAUCACUUUACCUGCCAUAUGGGAUGUUGGUGCCAAUCAGUUCAUGAGAGAGGCGGCUAUUCAGGUGGAACUGUCGAUAUCUCUGUCUACGAACAAAUGAAGAAUAAAGCCAUAAAAGUGAUACACAAAGCUAGCGGAGGUGCAUGGGGUGGUAACAGCGUCAAUGAGCAAUUUUUAACGUAUUUAGAUAAUGAGCUAGACGAUGGCGUAUUGGACGAAUUACGCGAAACACAUCUGGAAGAUUAUUUAAUGUUGACAAGGGAUUUUUAAAACAAAAAAAGAUCGCAUCGUUAUGUUGAUACUGCUUUUACAUUACGUAUACCAUUGUCAUUGUCAAACAUUGCGCAAACAAGACAGUUUCAUGUUUCAAUUAAAAGAGAUAAAAUUAGCAUUAAAGAAUCAGAAAUUAAGAGCUGGUUUGAGGUUACAAUACGACCUCUUAUUGAACAUGUGAGAAUUCUUUUGGCUGAAGACGGCAUAAAAGAUAUAGAGUCUGUCAUACUUUGUGGCGGGUUUGCCGAAUCCAAAUAUGUUAAAGAAAGGCUCAGAAAGGAAUUUAAUGGCAUCAACUUUAUUGUUCCAAACGAUGCAGGCUUAGCAGUUUUAAAAGGCGCCGUACUAUUUGGACAUAAUCCGGAGAUAUUAGCUUCACGCGUGAUGACUCAUACGUAUGGUAUAAGUGUUUGCAAAAAGUUUGAUAUAAAUACACACCCGGAAGACAAAAGUCAUUUUUGUUUUGCUGAUGAUGACUGGAUGACAGCCGAUUGUUUUGCAGUUUUUGUAAAAUCCAGCGAGGAGAUACCAUUUGAUCAUCGCGUCCGUCAUUACUACACGCCUUUGGUUCAUGAAACGGAAAGCCCUGUUUUCUGAACACUGUCAGAAAACCCAAGAUACACAACAGACUCUGGAUGCGAACUACUUGGGUCAUUUACAAUAACAAACCCUUCGAAUAUACCAUUUAAAGACCAGGAAUGUGUGAUCACCUUUACGUUCGGACACACAGAGCUGUUAGUAAAAGCGAAGAACAUGACGAACGAGAAAGAAGAGAUGCUUACGUUAAACUGUUUCCAGUGAAGAACAUAACUAUCUAGUACUUUUUGGCAUGUUUUGCAUACUUAUUGUCUUUGCCGACUCGCGUUGUUUAAAAUCUCAAAAUACGAUGUUAACUGAUAUAGGCUAUGCGUGCUGCAAUGGUAGUUCCAGUCAGAACAAUCCAUUUUCCGCGUUUAGCUCUUAGUUUUGUUAAGUCCGUUUCAAUGCAGGAGACUCAAGUUCUGGCCUGCGUCGUCUUUUAGUUCGUCUGUACGCAAAAUUGGACACUGUGUUCCCAAAACGUACAGGAGAACAUGGUGGUAGCCAAUUUUCCUGUAAAGUGGCUCCAUUCGCCGGGAGCGGGAAUUGAGCUUUGUGGCAAAGGUGACAUUCUCAUUACCUGCGCGUGUGAUUUAAAAUGACAUUACAUUAAGACCAUUUGCCGCAUACCCAUGUUUCACAAGAAAUCUCAACGAUCAA